AUGGAGAGCGGCAACAUCACACGACAGGAGGCCGUGAGCAUGCUGCCCCCGCUCUUUCUCGACGUUCAACCGAAGCACUUGGUGCUCGACAUGUGUGCAGCCCCGGGCUCGAAGACUGCGCAGCUGAUGGAGAUGGUUUCCGCUCCUUCCGCCACCGCCGCGGCGGCUGGCGGGGGGGGAGGGGGAGACGGCGGACCGGACGGGGAGGUGGGGUUGGUGGUGGCGAAUGACAGCGACCGCGACCGCGCGUACAUGCUGGCGCACCAGUGCAAGAGGGUCCAGAGCCCGGCCAUCUGCAUCACGUGGUGCUCAGCGCAGUCGCUGCCGAACCUUGGGGCCGCGGGGGCGGAGAGGGGCUCGGACAAAGGCGUCUUCGAUCGGGUCCUAGCUGACGUGCCGUGCAGCGGGGACGGCACUCUACGCAAGCAGCCUGCGAUCUGGAGGACGUGGACAGUGGCCGGGGGCCUCGGGCUGCACCCCCUGCAGCUUCUCAUUACCCUCCGCGGGGCCGCCAUGCUCAAGAUCGGUGGCAAGAUGGUAUACUCGACGUGCUCGCUAAACCCCAUCGAAGACGAAGCGGUGGUGGCGGAGGUGCUACGGCGCUGCGGGGGCAACCUCGAACUGGAGGAUUGCCGCAGCACGCUUCCAGGCCUAAAGACUCGCCCCGGGCUCCACACCUGGCCCGUGCUCACCGGUUCGGCCCGUUUCAAGGGCGUCAAGAACAACCACCGCAGCAACAGCGGCAAGGAAGGGGGCGCCGCGGGAUCAAGCUCAAUCCCCCCGACCGGCGCCGAAGCAAAUGCCGGUGCCCCCUCUAGCGAGGAUAAGCGGGGGGGCGAGGAGGCGGCAACGGGUGAUGGGGCGGCGGGAGGGGGGCAGAAGGAGGAGGAGGAGGAGGAGCAGGCCGGGGGGUUCACGGAGCCAGCGGUGGCUUCCGAUGCCCCGCUGGAGGACGCGAUCAAGGCCGGGCUUCGCCACCACCCUAGCUUCGCUGAGGUCGAUACAGCCACCACCAGAAAGAUGAUCCCGAGCUUCUUCCCUCCUGACGAAGACAAGGCGAAGGCCCUGAGGCUGGAGCGGUGCAUGCGGAUGCUACCCCAGGAUCAGGACACGGGGGGCUUCUUCGUGGCGGUCAUGGUCAAGACCGGUCCCAUCUUGUGGCAGGACCUCAUCGCCCCAGGCGAAGAUCUCGCCGGGGAAGCGGGAGUAGACCCCCCUACCACCGCCGCCGCCACCACCGAAAGCGCAACACCAUCGACCGCAGAUGCCUCUGAGCCAGAGAAGACGCCUGCCAAGGUCACGGCGGCAGCUGGUGAUGUACCAACAACGGCGACGGCAACCACGGACGCCCCCGCCAGCGGACAGAAUGAGGACCAACGGGCAGGCGGGGAGAAAACGGGGACCGGGGGGGGCGGCGGAAAGGGGGCCGGGGGAAGGGGGGGUACCGCUCGCGGGUGGGGGGAUAGGGGCCGCGGGGGCGGGCGGGGCAGGGGGAGGGGGAGGGGGAGGGGGAGGACGAACGCAGAGCGGCCGCAAGACGCCGAACGCGAGGAGUACGUCAAGCUCGAGGAGGACCAGUGGCCUCAGAUCAAGACGUGGUUCGGCAUGCGGGACGACUUUCCAGUGGACCGUCUCUACACCAGGAAGGCUGGGUCCCGGACCAUCUCCUACGUGGCUCCCGCGACCAAGCGGUAUCUUCUCGACGACCCCGCUGGCUCUCGUCUCCAGAUGAUACACACGGGCGUGAAGGUGUUUGAGAGGAACAGCCAGGCGCGCUGCGCGAUAGAGUUCCGUGUGUGCCAGGAGGGUCUCGGGGUCGUGCUCCCUUACAUGACCAAGCGGGUCACGAGGCGAGCGUCGGCGGAGGACAUCUCAAGGGCCCUUGACGGCAUCGCGGUGCCGGUGUCGUCCCUCUCGCCCCCGGUCGUGGCCGACCUGGAGGGGCAGGAGGAGGGCAUCUUCGUGUUCGUGCACACGGUCAAGAACACCGGCAAGGUCUUCACCGCCUGCGUUUGGAAGGGGCGUGCCGACCACAUCUCCUCCAUGAUUAACAAAGACCUCCUAACCGGCAUGAGGAUCGAAAUGAAGUCUCUCGGUGUCUACGUGCCCAAGGCCGAAGAACAAGAAGCGGCGGGAUCGACUAAAAAAGCGGAGGAACCCAGCGGCGACCUUCCCCCUGGCGCCGGGGGAACCGCGGAAUCUGUUAACCCCCCGAGUGUACCCACCGCCGCCGCUGAGAGCACCGGAGCGGCUGCAACUUCAACUACUCCAGUAGAACCAAAUAGUAGCACCGAGUAGUGUUAUAUAAGCCCAGGAGUGUCGGGUUCUACGAUAGCAAGUUUCAGGUAGGGGGGGGUACUAUUGGUAGAUACUGGGGUCGUGAGGCGGCGUUGAAAAGUGGAUUUGUUUGGGCACCAACGUUGGAUCGCAGAAAAAAAAUAUGCCUUCUUGAUUGCUCUGGUCGUGCUAUAUGUCAAUUGGGGCUUGAUCUUGGUCGUCAAACAUGCGCGAACAGAUACAUGUGGCUUCUUCUGUGCGUGCC